AGCAGAAGCUGGAGAAAAGAAAGCAACGAUAUGCUGAAGAAUGGAUUUCCAAGCAAAGAAAAAACGGCAGUGUCAAUAAAGUCUAUGAUGCCACAUAUCUUCUGCUGUUCCACUUUGAAAGACAGUCUUGAAUUGUCAAUAGUGGAUACAGAUCAGUGUAUAGAACAUAUCCACUAGAGGUCCUGUUGUUGACGCAGUCCGAUCGGUGUAUGACUGCGAGAAAGAUUCAAAAUCAGACACGCCUGUUUACUUGUUGUUGUUUUUUUGGAUAUUGAAACAAAAGGAUACAGAACGCCUUAUAUUUCAAGACGAAUGGACAUGAGAAAUAAAGAAAACACCAACCUCUGUGAUGCUGCACAUUAUAUUUGACAUUAUAUUGAUAAGCUGGUUGAAGCCUGAAGAACUGACCUAAGAUUGGCUCCAUAAGUGGGAAAUUUUAGAUCGAUACCCAGUCGCCCUCCUUGCCAAGAGAACAACACGAGGUUUUUCUGCUGAGUGCUUGUGUCCGUGGCAGAUGGACACAGAAGAUGUUAAGGAUGCCUUUGAUAAAAUAAAGCGGAUAUAUGAAAGUCUUCUUAAUGGAUUUCCAGGAGACAUCCGUGACGCGUUCCCUAAAAAAGGUCCGCCUGGAAACAAGAAGAAGCCAUCUGAUCGAAGAACAGUGUCUGUGACACAUGAACCGCCAGAACCAAACAGUGCGGACACAUUAGUUAUAAAGACCGAGACUUCACCACUAAACCAAGAUGCUCUCCCUUCCAGCAUCACAGUGGAUGUGUCAGAAGAACCAGCAGCAUUUAACAGUGAGGACACGACAGUAAUAAAAACAGAGACUUUACUACUAAACCAAGAUGUUCUUCCUUCUAAAAGCACAGCCCUCGCCCCCUCUGCUGGUUUUAAACCGGCUCCUGCGAAGUUGUGGAGUUCCCCACGAAACCGAAAACAACCGAGGCACGCAGACGCUAGUGAAUGCUCGAUUCAUCAAGAGGAAACCAGUUUCCCCUCCAAAAAAAUACUGAGGAGAAGAAUCAGAGAGGAAAGUGAAAGUGAGGGACUCUUAACCCUUGUUCACGUGGAGCCGGAGGCAUCGACCAGCGGCAGCAGCAUCCAGUCUGUGUCUCCUGUGCCCGUCUCCGCUAGAUGUGCCUCCGUGGGGAAGAGGAGCGCAGAGCCGGAACUCCCUGAAUUCCAGCAGAGCUUUCUGAGUAAACCCAAAGACUAUGACGAACUUUAUUUCAUGAGUCUUGUUGGAAUAUUCAAAAGAUUGUCUCAAAGGAAAAAAGCUGAAGUGCGGAUGAAAAUAGAGCGAAUUCUCUAUGAAGCAGAGUUUGAGUGAGUAGUGUUAGUCU